AUGUCUUUCGCAGAAAAAUCCACAGCCCUUCAAAACGUCAUGAAAAAUCUCGACAUAGGAGAUGCCUGUGUCUUGAGAAAAGCCUUUACCUACAGCUCAAUACUCAAACAGUGCUACGAGUCGCGAGCUGAUCCCGUUGGGUAUUUAUCGCGAACGUUCCGGUACCCAUUGACAUUAUUGUCCGCCAUGUUUGAUUCGGGCUGUGUUAUCACUGGUCCGCGCGCUUUAGGGUUCUUUCUCCCGUCGUCAACAAGUGAAGACUCCGUAUGGACUUUCUUCGUUCCCGGAUACAAGGAAUCAGUUUUAGACAUGGUCAAUGUGUUGGAAAUUUGCGGGGUCUCGUGGCAGCUUGAUGCAGCUGAAGUGGCAAGGUCGCUUCUCCCACUUGGAACGGCCUCCAUCUCAAGUGCGGAUCUCGAGUGUCUCAACUCAUGGGCUGAAUCCCUUGAACCAGCUGCAGCGGAAAAUUUGCUCGGAACAGCGCUCUACGGCAGAUUCAAGGCAUACAAGGAGAUGAACUGCGGCAACAGGCUCAAUUCGGACGCCUGCCAUUUAUCUGAGCUGGAAAAGCCGACCUUGGGCAUUGCUUCAGAAGAGUCAGCUUUUCCGCCUAGUCAGGACACAAGCAGCGCGAGAGAAGCACUCAAUGUUCUUCAAGGAUACAUACAAACCAGCUCAGGGUCUCAGGUCAUCGAACUAAUUAUUGGCUCUUCUUAUUCAGGCAUCAACAGCUGCAUGAGCUUUAUCAAAGACUUUUACGCCAGCCAUGUGCAGUGCUUCAUCAGUGGAUGGUGCGCGGGCCACAUGUACUACACCAAUUAA